AUGUUGUGUGGCGGAAUGUCGGGCGGUGCGGCCGGGGGCGCGGCUGGUGGGGCUGGUGGUGCUGGUGGCAGCCUUGGCUGCUACGAGGCUUGCCUGGAAGUUGAUGAAUCCACCAUCCAGCAUGCCGACCACUGGGUCUACAAGGGCAAAGGGCAGGGCUCCUACGAGCAAAAAUCCUCCAUGGAGUUCAUGGGUGCAGGGCGUGGAGCAUAUGAGCGAGAGGUGAUGAAGAGUUCUGCACGCUGCCGCCCUGCAUGCUUGGCGGUCGGCUGCUGUGGCCUCCUGGUUUUGCUUGGGCUCUUGGCAUUCUUCCUCUUCUACCGCCCUGAGGUUGGUCAAUCUGAGGUUGGACCCGACUGCGUGACUGACUACCACGACUGGCAGCACCUUUGGACCAUGGAGCGCCGCUCCCUUUGCCGCAGGCAGGUGGGGCGUGGCUGCGCACCGCAGGAGCAGGACGUGGUGAAAGUUGCGCACGUCCCUUGCCACAGCCUUCCCACACCCAUUACGUGCCUGUGCCUGUGCCUAGCCCCUCCCAUUCACACGAGAUCUACCACACUCACUACAUCCAUUCGCCCGAUCAUGUGA